AUGAAUCUCAAUUUCAAAAAGUAUUUGGUUAUCUGUUUAGCAAUCGCUUUUGUGGCUUCAUAAGUUACACCAGGAGUUGAUCCUAUUGCUGCUAAAGUUAUUCCUAAACCAAAAACUUAUACUUUUGGUACUUAAACGCUUAAAAUUUCCAACCCUUGCAACAUUGUUUACAGACCUCAAGUUAAUUAAGCUGGGUACGUCCCUGAUCAUGUGUUCUAGAUGAUAAAUCUAUAUUCAAAUUUGACAUUCUAAUCAACUUUCAAUUCAACAAAUUGCAAUUUUGUUAGUAGCAACAUUAAAUAAAUGUUGAACGCUUUUGACCCUUCUAAUAUCAUUUUUGAUAUCUUCAUAAGCGAUAUGAAUUUGACUAUUGCAGAUACUAUCUAAGAUGAAUCUUACUCUCUUAAUUUAUUAAAUUCAUCAUAUUGGUAAUUAAAUGCAACAAAGUAUGUAGGAUUUGUUAGAGGCCUUGAAACAUUUUCAUAGCUCUUUGUUUAAGAUGAAGUCUCUUCUGCUUGGAGCAUCCCAAGUCUCCCUAUUUCUAUUUAGGAUUCUCCCGACUACCCUUACAGAGGCCUUAUGAUAGAUACCGCAAGACACUUUUUGAGCGUUAAUACUAUACUAAAGACAAUUGAUUCUAUGCAAUAUAAUAAACUAAAUGUAUUGCAUUGGCAUAUUACUGAUGACGAUUCUUUUCCAUAUCCACUUUAAUCAUUUCCAAAUGUGACUCAAUAUGGUGCUUUUUCUUUUAGAAAAUAGUACUCUUUAACAGAUAUUUAAUACAUAGUUAGAUAUGCUCUUCUUAGAGGAAUAUAAGUUGUUCCAGAAAUAGAUUCCCCAGGCCAUGCUUUUUCUUGGGGUAAAAGUCCUCAAUUCUCUAAUGUAGCAUUAUAGUGUGAUAAAUUUAAUGGUCAAUUAGAUCCCUCUCAAAAAGAAACAUGGUAGCUUGUUAAUGGAGUACUUACUGAUCUAGAAAAUUAAUUCUACACUUCUAAGUAUAUUCAUUUAGGUGGUGAUGAAGUAGAUGAAGGAUGCUGGGAUUAAUCAAGUGACCUAAAGUAAUAUAUGAAAGAUAAUAAUAUUUAAAAUUAUGAUGAUCUCUAAACCUUUUAUAGAUAAACUCAAAAAAAUCUUUACAGGAAAAUAAAUCCCACUAAACCUGCUAUUUAUUGGUCAGACAAAGAUAAUUACAAAUUAGGACUUUAGCCUGACGAUAUUGUUUAAUGGUGGGGAGAAAUGAGUAAUUUUAAGUUAAUAUCUAAUAUAACUAACAGAAUAAUCCUUUCAUCUUAGGAUUAUGCUUAUUUAGACGUUGGAUUUGGUGAUGAGUUAGGAGGAGAUUACAAUUAAAUGUAUAACUGGAAAGCAAUGUAUGCAUUUAAUCCUUAAAUAUCAGGAAUAAAAGGAAAGAUUAUUGGUGCGGAAGUUUGCUUGUGGUCAGAGCUAAGUGAUGAUGAUGUAUAUCUAACAAGGAUAUGGACAAGAACAAGCGCAUUUUCUGAGAGACUUUGGAAUUUGAACGCUAGUAAUGGAUAAAAACUAAAAUAUAGAGCAUUAGCUAGUAGAAUGGUUUUCAUGAAAAACAGAUUAAAUGCAAGAGGAGUAAAAGCAACUCCAGUAACUCUUGAAAUCUGUGAAAGAGAUCUUUCUUUAUGCUUUAGUAAUUGA